AUGGAUAUGCGGUUUGAUGUUUGUGCGGGAGAGGAUUAUGAGGGAAGGUUGGGGGAAGGACGGUUUGGUAAUGAGGAGGAGAAGAAGUUACCUGUUGAUCGGGUAAAGAAUGUUCCGAUUUGUCUGGAUGGUAAAAAUGGGCUUGAAGGGGUUAAGAAGUGGAUGAUAGAUUGUGGGAUGGAUCAUGAGAUUUGUCGGGCUGUACAGCGGGUUAAAAGUUUACCGAAGAGACUCAUCCGGAUAUCGAUUGAUGUUGAAGUAGCUCCGAUUCUUAUUGAGACGUCCGGGUUAGCAUCUAUAGAUUAUCUCGCAUUGAGCGCUCGUUCCUUUGUGGGGACGCCAAACAUCGGGGAGAGUCCCACACGGGAAAAUUUCUCCAUCUUAGAAACAACAGGAAAGUCUCUAGAUACAAGUUCGCUUCCUAAAGCCUUGACAGAUGCAUUCGUUAUUACCCGACGCCUAGGUUAUGAGUACAUCUACAUCGCCGCUCUCUGUCACGUGUCAGACGAUCCACUUGAUCUUAUAGCAAUCUUCGCCCAAGCAACUCUCCUUCUUUCCGCCGAUAACGUAAGCUCUCCCACAGAAGGAUUAAUCCAAGAUCGAGCAAUUUUCAAUUCUCCUCCCCUCGGUAUCAACAAAGACCGCUAUCUGCGUUUGAGCUGUCUCCGCAACCACGCAGAUCUCGAUUCCUCUCCUCUCUCGACAUCAGGCUGGGCAUUUAUUGAACGAAUCCUCGCACCUCGAAUUUUGCAUUUCACGAAACGUCAGUUGAUCUGGGAGUGUGCUUCCGGAUGGAAAUUUGAAGCGUCGAAUGUGGAAGAUAAGCAAUAUGGAAGUGGGAUGAUCAGAGGAACGUAUCAGAAAAACCUCACGCAACCUUACAUCAAGGAAUAUCUUUCUCGCGAAACUAGAAAAACCUCAGAAUCCAGUACACAAGAAAACAACAAUACUCAGAUUUCAAAUCUACGCGAAUAUGCACAGAGAUUAGAAGUCUGGUAUCAAAUCAUCGAUACCAUCUCCACCACCACCUUUCCCUCUCAACUCGAUAAAUCCAAAGCCCUCUCGCUCCUCACAAAAAUCAUCGAUAACAACACAUUCGGCACAAACCUCUCUGGGAUCUUCACCCAAAACAUCGCAUACGGUCUUGCGUGGGGUCGUGUAAAUACACUUCUCACCCCAAAUCCCGACGCCCAAGCCCCAAGCUGGAGUUGGGGGAGUGUACAUGGACCGAUUUCCCACAUGUAUAACAGCUAUCCCCCUUCCAUCUUACACAUGCGCUCUGCCCAUCCAUCAUGGACAGAUAAACAUACACCCGAGCUUCUUUCACACACGGCAUCUCCCCUCCCAGUCCCAACCUCCAAUUCCCUCCCCAAUAAUCCGGUCCUCGGCCUCGAACUCAAAGCUUCCCUCACACGCAUACUCCACCUGUGCGAACAUUUCCAAUCCGAAUUCCCAAAAUACACAGUCAAUCUAGUGCUUGACCAAUCCCCCAUCUUCGAUUGCAAAUGUUGUGGGCCCAGAAGUGACGCCGUGCAAGAAACCGGAAUCCAAGAAUUUGAAAAGCGGAAGGAUCAUUACUUCGCCAUGUACGUAUCGGGAGAUCUGGAUGUUGAAGCGGGAGAUGGAGAUCCGUGGAAAGUGAGUCGGUGCGCGGAUAUGUUGGUUUUGAGGAUGGUGGAUGGGAGGGAGGAGAUGGGGGGUUGUGAGGAUGAGGGGGAGGGUGUGGCUGGACAAGGAAAAACGAUUAGUGGGGAUGGGGGAAUGGCAGUGUAUGAGAGAGUGGGACUCUUGAGAUUGAGUUUCACGAGUUAUGAGAAGAAUUCUGUGGAUGAAGGAUCUAUACAGGAGAAAUUUGAUGGGGUGGGAUGGGAUAGGAAAACUAUCAGGUUGGUUUGA